AUGGGUCAGGAGAGGAAGCGUGUCGGAUUUGGGCAUAAAGCUCAAUGUGAAGGUUGUUCACCUUGGAUUCACAAACUCCAAAGAGCACGAGAAACCAACCGCACAACUGCCUUCACAGGGCCAGACACCGCACACGACUGCCGUUGGGUGGUGCCAAAUCGUUUUGCGGCCUUGGCUGAUUUUUGGGACGAGGACCUGGCAAAGGAGUGCGGAUGCAACUACGGGGCCGAGGAAGAUGCUCAAGAGCAGCGAGCGGAGAUCGUGCGGAGCACCCAGAGCUUCUCGUUGGCGGCGCCCAAGCCCGCGCCCAAGCCGGCUGCGGCUCCGGCACCGGCACCGGCGCCAGCACCGGUGGUGCAAGGCUCGAAGCCAGCGACGAAGCCGGCGAGGGAUCUCCGACAACCCAAGCUCACCAUGCAGAAGAUUCUGGAUGACUUGGAGGGCUCGGAAGAAGCGGCCUAUGCGGCCGCCUUCAACAGCAUGUCGGGUGGCGAGGCCACUGUACAGCCCGACAACCAGGCGUUGCGCCAAUUCCUGGAAAUGCACAGCGGAGUGACCGACAUUGACACCGAGCUCCUGAAGAUUGCCAGCAGUAAUGAGGCCUUUGCGAUCGACAGCAGUUCCUUCGUGAUGAUGCUCCGCCUGAACCCGGUCAACGAGUCUGAGGCUCUCGAGUCUUUCCUUCGGUUGGCUGGUGGCGGAGAUCAAAUCAGUGCGGAGGACUGCCGUACAGGGCUCUUCCAGCUUUUGCAGUCCAUAGGUGGCGAAUCCUUCUCCGGGGACGAGUGCGACUUUAUCAUCGAUGCGUCGAUGGUCAGUGCUGGUCUCCAAAUCUCCAUGGAGCAGUGGGUGGGCUUCACCAAAACUGCUGGCAGGAUUGCCCGCUUGGCCAACUAUGCAAAGGCCUUCUAG